AUGUCAGCCGAAGAGAAAGGCUUGCUCCGCCUAGUGAUCCUCUGCUCUACUGGCCUGGCGUCACUGGUCCCAUCGGGCUCAUCUCCAACAGAGGCCCAUGUAACCUUCCCUUCUUCUUCCAAAAGCCUCCCCACACGCCCCCAAUUCGCGGCUCUACGGAAGCAGAUUCGUCAGGAUGCUGUUCAGAUCCUUACGCAGGCUGGAAAGUGUGCCACAAAUUUGGGCGUAGCUCUCAAGCCCUCUAAGUCACGGGCUCAGUCAUCUGCGAUUGCCUCUUCGAUCGUUGAGAACUUGGACGCUGCCUCUAUUGCAGCCGCGCAGAAGCAGAUCGACGACUGGACUACUGAUUUGGUGCCAAAGCUGAUCUUCCUCGUCAACAAGAGCUGGAAAGAGGCCCAAGUCUACAUUGAAGAAGAGCAGCCAAAGGCGCCCGGCGCGGCCGAGAUGUCGGCAGAGGAGAAGGAGGACCGGGACAGGAUGGAAGAGAUGGCCAAGCAAAUGGGAGGCAUGGUCAUGACUGGAGCGGAACUUCGCGGCCAAACCAAGGCCUACACGAAGCCAGCCAACCUCGGUCUUGGGCUCACGUGGGCAAAAGUCUUCAAGUCGCACGUUGGUGAAGUCCUGCAGGCUAUCGCAUCGUUAGCAGAGGCAUGCAUGGACCAACGCACAAAAGGCGCUGUGAAGGCCGCCAGCGAGGCCCGAGAUCGUCGAGAAGGACUACCCCUGAGGUCUGGCGCUACAUCUGCUUCCCUCGUUGCAAAGACAGUCCAGGACAUCCGCAAGGAAUGUCUCGAGAAGACAGCGGCUGUGCUGGAAGCCUGCGAUACAGCCGUGAAGAACCUGCCUCAGACCAAUCUCGAAGCGAUCAAAGCUCGUUGGACAGAACGCGGGGAGCUUUUAGAAGAUGGUAUCGAAGAGUUGAACUCUGCUGCAUCUCCAGCUGAGGGUGGGAAUGAGAGAGAUCAGGAUGACCUCGACUCCGAUUUCUCGGCUGGCAAGACUGCCCUGGCCAAGCGGUUGGCUCCGCUGCUCAAGAUGGGUCGGCUCUCACAUGAACGCAUUUUGGAGACCUAUCUAACAGCUGCGAACGAUGUGAAGGACUCGGUCGAUCUCAGCAGUCUCGACGAUUUGAGCGAGCUCCUCGCCAGACAACAAGACGACCUCGUAGCCGCGGUCAUCUGGGGCGACUUCGACCAGCUGCAAGAGAGUGAAGAAGACGAUGACGAGGAAGAGCAAGAGGAGCUCGGAGAGUCAGCUGAGACCUCACCAGCAGCCAAAGCCAAGAAGAUCUGUCAAGAGUACUGCGAGGUCGUUCAAAACUUGUCGCAGGCCGUAUCUGAUGACGAAAAGAUCAGAGUGAUAGCGGAAGAAAUGCAGAAGCUGGCAGAGGGGAUCUCUGACGCAGAGUGGGAGGCUGCCGUCGAGGAAGACGAGGAGUAG